UUGAGUGUGUGGCUGGCUUUGGCAACAACUGAAAAACCGUGCAAGAUGGGAAAUGUGUCUCUUUUAAUUUCCACACUGCUGUGUAUAUUCGGAUUCACUGCAGCGUACUAUGACAACUAUGUAUCUAAGAAGCAAGGAUGCCGGUCUCCAACCCUACCAGACGAACUUUACGCGGCCAACAUGCCAGAAGAAAUAUGCCCAAUCGGUACAAUAUUAAAAUUCUCUUGCAGGCCAGAAUUUGAACUAAGGGGGCCAAGACAAGCAAAAUGCGUUUACGGUGGUCAUUGGAUGCCACCUAAUCUUCCGGUGUGCCACGCAAUCAACGCCUGUGCAAAUCAUCCAUGUGGAUUCAACGCUGACUGCAUCAAUGAUGGUCAAAGUUAUAGAUGUGUUUGCAAUUCUGGUUACUACAUGAAAGACAAGAAAUGCCACGCACAAGUUUGUUACGCUCCCGGUGUGAAACAUGAUUGGUCAUAUUCACCGGUACACAAGAAGACUUGGCGUGUUGGUCAGACAAUUUCUUUUCACUGUCCGACUGGCUAUGAACUAAUUGGCGUAAAAUCUGCCAAAUGCCUAUUGGGAGGUAAAUGGAAUCGAGAAGCUCCUGAAUGCAGAAAAAGAAUAUUUUGCUCCUUACCUUCACUGCCAAAGUAUUGCAGUUACUCGCCAAGAUAUCAAAAAACAUGGUAUGCGGGAGGAAUGAUACAUUUUCAUUGUCCAUCUGGUUACAAAUUAGUUGGUCACAGCUACUCAAUUUGCGCAAAAGACGGUACAUGGACUCAGUCACCCCCUAUUUGCGAACGACCCGUUUUUUGCCACGUUCCCAGUCUGCCAACAAAUUGCAUGUACUCACCAAAGUAUCAGCAUUCGUGGAAAGUUGGAGGCAAAAUCUUAUUUUCGUGUCCAAAUAACUACAUAUUGAAAGGGCAUGGGUCCGCAGUGUGCCUUGCAAAUGGACAGUGGAAUAAUUCACCACCAAGUUGUGAACGAAAAAUAAUGUGUCGAGUACCACAUGUUCCAAAGCGCACUGGAUUCUUAGGGAACACUCGUCGACAAUGGCGACCUGUUGGUGGACGAAUUAGUUUUUCUUGUCCGGACGGAUAUAUAUUGAAAGGUCAUAAUUCUGCAACCUGUACUGCUGAGGGGAAAUGGGACAACUCACCCCCAGUUUGCGAAAGACGUCCAACGUGCGCUGUUCCGAAUCUGCCAGAACAUUGUACAUACUAUCCAAUUCACGCAACCUCCUGGAUGGUUGGACACAAAAUUCAUUUCCAUUGUCCCCAUGGAUACAAGAUGCUAGGCCAUAGUUAUGCUACAUGCUUAGAAGAUGGGUUAUGGGACAACUCACCGCCUACCUGUGAACCACCAACAUUGUGUCAUGUUCCAACGAUGCCGCAGUACUGUAGUUACUCCCCUCGAUAUCAACGUUCUUGGUAUGUUGGACAAAAAAUUAAGUUUUAUUGCCCGUUUGGAUACGUGUUGCAAGGUGAUUCGUACGCUAAGUGCAACGAAGGUGGAAUCUGGAGCAGUCAACCGCCAACUUGUUAUAAACCAACACAAUGUUAUCUACCUACGGUACCACCGUUUUGUGGAUACGCCCCGGCUCGUCAACAAUCCUGGAACGUUGGAGACAAAAUUACUUUUUUCUGUCCCAGCGGAUUCGAUUUGAAGGGAGAAACUCAGGCUGCGUGUCAGGACAGUGGGUUGUGGGAUAACAGCCCACCAGUGUGCAAAAGACGUAAGUUUCAAAAUCUUAACAUUCAUUUGAACUGA